UCGCAAUCUUCAUGCUGUUGUCUUUUGGCCGGUUACAGUACAGACGUCUCCUGAACUCGUAAUUUACAUAGGCAUGUAGAAUUAGGCGAGGAAUUUAGCGAACUCUAUUCUUCUUAAGAAAAGAAAUCUUGAUCAGUACGUAUAGUCAUUAUUCAUAAUAAAAUUUUCAGAGGAGGAUUAUAUUGAUCGUAACUGCUAGAAAUUCAAUCAAAACCACACACGAGAAAAUGGUUUUCAAAAUAAGUUUGUUAUUUAUACUUGUCAUCUUCAGCAUGUUUAGCGUAGGAUACCUAUGUCCUGCAAAAAAGGAGCCUCCUCCUCCAACGUUUCUUGAGAUAAAUGCAAAAGCAUUGGGUAUUAAAAAGUGUGGUCUUAAGUAUGACCCUGGUCCUUGCUAUUCGAAGGUGCGGUACAUAAGCCACAAAUUUGAAAGGAGAUAUUGGUAUAAUGUAAGAACGAAGGUUUGUGAACUUUUUGAGUAUAUAAAAGAUUGCGGAGGAAAUCCAAAUAAUUUUGAAACUUAUGAAGAAUGCAUGACUACAUGCAGCGAAGAUUACAUUGGAUUUCUUAAGAAUCAUACACAUUUAAUAGAUUAUAAACUUGAUAAAUACUACACUAAGUUUGUACCCCGUAAAGGAAAAUACUGGCCAGAAGGAGAUAAUUUAUUGAACGUAACUGCUAAAAAUUCAAUCAAAAGAACACACGAGACGAUGACUUUCAAAAUAAACUUGUUAUUCAUACUUGUCGUCUUUAACAUAUUUAACUUGGGAUAUCUAUCUAGUCCAAUAUUACCGUCGCUUACUGAUGAGCGACCUGCAUAUUGUUACAGUUCUUAUGACUCUGGUCCUUGUCUCACGGAUGAAAUGGACAUGUAUAAUGCGUUUGAAAUUAGAUUUUUUUAUUCGAUAAAAUCGAAAGAUUGUUUUCCUUUCAAGUACGGGGGCUGCGGCGGAAAUCAGAAUAAUUUUUCAACUUAUCGGAAUUGCACAAAAACAUGCAAAAAAGAAUAAUACUCUAUAUACCUUAUCAGUGAAGAAUAUUUUAAAUCCACUCGAGAUUAUAAAAUUCUUCAAAACAUAACAUUAUGGAGGCUUUCCCAUGUAUUGAUAUGUAUUUGUAACAGUUUGAUAUUGAGUUUAA